AUGCUUGUUCGAAAUGAAGUUAAAGAACUUGACAACUACUACAUUAAAAUGGGAAGGACGGAGCGGCCGAGCCCUGGCGGGCGCGACCGGCCAAAACAACCCCCACCCAGGGCCCGACUUCCUCACCGGCCGCCAGUCCCGGGGGUGGGAGAGACGAUCCCGAAACUCCUCACGGCCUAUCCCGGAUCUCCUCGGCUUCAGCCCAGACCCGGGACCCCGUUCCCGCCCGCCGGCCAGCCUGACCCUCCGAGCCCCGCGGGGGCGCUCAGCGCCCGGCCCGUGUGCAGGCGGAGGCCGUCCCCGGACAAGGUGCAGGCCACCGAGUCCCUGCCCCAGACCGAGCCCCGGACCGGCGGGCGGCACCCCCGCCCCCACCCGCCCGGCGCCCCAAGAGCGCAGGCGGGCGGCGGGAGGGGGCGGGGAGCGGCCACGGUGGCCGCCGCCGGACCCCGACCGCGCUGCUCUCGCGCCACGCCCCACCCCGGCCCGGACCCACCUGCGCUCCUGCCCCGGCCGGGGCCUGGCCCGGGGCUGCACACCCCUAUACAGCCGCGGCGGCGGGAGGCCUGGCUCGCUCCGCACCGCUGA